AUGCGCACUCUAGACCCAAGCGUUUCAGCUGUCAUUUCACUUCACCCCUGCGGUCCGUCUCUACUAGCAACAAUGGGGUUAGUCACUGGACUGUUCGCCUUCCUGUACCAUCUGCCGCAGAUCUACAAAUGGCUGCUGAAGCCCUACUACGUGGUGUCGUUCCUCAUGACCGUCGCCUUCCUGGUGGUCCGCAAGGCUCCCGGACUGUGCGAGCACCUGGCGUCCGACCGGGAGGACGGCAACUCCUGCGACUUCGACUGGCGAGAAGUGGAGAUACUCAUGUUUCUGAGUGCAAUAGUGAUGAUGAAGAAUAGAAGAGCCAUAACUCUGGAGCAGCACAUAGGCAACCUGUUCAUGUUCAGCAAAGUGGCCAACGCGAUCCUCUUCUUCAGGCUGGACAUUCGGCUUGGCAUCCUCUACCUUGCCCUGUGUGUAGCGUUUGUCAUGACGUGUAAGCCUCCUCUCUACAUGGGCCCAGAGUACAUAAAGUACUUCAGUGACAAAACCAUAGAUGAGGAGCUGCAGAGGGACAGUCGGGUCACCUGGAUAGUCGAGUUCUACGCUAACUGGUCCUCUGACUGCCAGUCCUUCGCUCCCAUCUUUGCCAACCUUUCCCUUAAAUACAACUGCGCUGGACUCCGGUUUGGGAAGGUGGACAUUGGUCGGUAUGGAGAGGUUUCUCAGAGGUACAAGGUAAGCACAUCUCCUCUGUCUAAGCAGCUGCCAUCGCUGCUGCUCUUUCAAGGAGGACGGGAAGUUAUGAGACGUCCAAUGGUGGACAACAAAGGAAGAGCCGUGUCUUGGACCUUUAAUGAGGAGAACAUCAUUCGAGAGUUCAACCUGAACGAGGUUUUCCAAAAAUCCAAGAAGCUGAACAAAAAGCAGAACAGUUCUCCGACAGAAGAGGGCAGCGACGAGCUUCAGCAGGAAUGCCAGGAGGUGGAAGAGCCCACAGAGAGCAAGAAAGACCAAUAAGGAGAUAAAGCAAGCAGUUCAGUUCAGUUCCUCCAUCUUUCUUGUGUCACAUUUUUUUUUUUGGCUAAAAUUCUGAAAAGUAUGGACGGGAGGAAAACUGGGACUGGGACAGUGCAGGGAGAAUCAAAGCCCAGGAAGUUGGAGCAUGCAUCAAGCAGAAGUAUAGGGACAUUAAGUUAUUUAAGUACAAAUACGUUGUUAGGAUUAAUUCUUUUUACAAAAUGACUGAUCAUACUUUUAUAGCUGCUUGUGAAUGUUUGUCAAACUGCCCGUUUACUUUUACGUCAUAUCACAGAGCCAAAGUAAAAAAACCUGUGUGUUCAAAAACAAGACUCAACACGUCCGUUUGUUUUUUUGUUUUUUUUUUUAAAACAGUUUGACCUUUUUAUUCAGCGAAGACAUCCUCUUAAAAAUUCUUUAUAAGGCCAUUUUGGAAAUGUAUCUCAUAUAUUCAUCUACAGAUAUUUGUGAAACUCGUUCCGUCCGCCACAAACCCACGAUAGCAAUAUUUAAUCUCACGAAGAAGUUUACACGCACAUAUUUUUCCCCCACGGAUGAUUCGGCGGCCGCGGUCCUGGGCCGGCGCAGGGAGAAGUCGGUUUCUUGCCACCCACACGUGAACGUUGGUGCGAAAACUUGACAACCACACAGGAAGUGCACGCAAGUGAAGCAGUCGGCGUGACCAGGAAACAAACUGAAAGGAAAAAAUAAAUCACAUGCACGCUAAAAGAUGAAGCCUGGUGGGGUUGGAAACUCGCAACACGGUUGUUUGGAUCGGUCUCCCUCCUAAAGAUGUGCCACAUUCGUAACAGCUUUGACAUUCUACUGCAAACACUGCUAUGGGCCUUUAACAGAAAAA